AUGAGUAUUAAAUUGCUAGAGGAGGAGUUAGCCGCGGAGAAGCUCCUGAUGUUGGAGAAAGAUGCCCGAAUUGCCACAUUGAGCGACUCACAACUUCUGAUGGAGCAUAAUACAACAAGUUACCAGACGGGAGCAAAUCAAAAGACAUCCGCUAUCCUGCUCAGUCUCCAUCAAGCCUGUAUGGAAAUGAAAGAAAGGUACCCCGAAGAGUUGAAAGGUAAAAAUGUUAUGUACUCGUACCCAGAUGCGCAACGUCAAAUUAUGGAACGUUCUGCUAAAAUGACAACAUACAAGUACUCGUUAGUUUCUGCUCUGGAGAGUGAGGAGAUGGAUGUUGGUGGUUUGAAGAAAUUGUUGAAGGUUGUGGAUUCAUCUGGGGCAGAUGAAGUUGGAUCAGGCUAG